CUCUCUCUCUCUCUCUCUCGAAAUUUAGAGAGAGAAGUCUGUGGAGUCUGGAGUGGAGUUUUCUCGCUCUCCAGCUCAACCCAACGAGGCCAACACUCCUACAUGUAAGUUUUCUCUCUCUCCUCACCUUUACCGUUGCUGUUUUUACUUCUGAAACCGAGUCUGGAUGGAGCAGUGGAAAGCCCCGCUGUUUUGAAUGGGGAUGAUCUCCUCAAAUUUUUUUUGGAACUGUUCUCUUCGUUUUUGCACUCUUCGUCUUCACAUUGUUUGUCUUCCAUGUGUUGUAGUGAAGGAAUUGAAGAUUAAUUUGUUCUUCGCCAACAAAAUGUUCAACAAUCACAUGAAUAGAAUGAUAGAUAGAACCAGGGAAUUUCAUUCCCUAUUUAACUUUCUAGGGCACGUUUUUGUGUUUGUGUGCAAGUAGAAGCAUUUGAUCGCUACUUUCUCAAAUGUACUUUGCUCCUGUUUUGAGUCCUUUUGCUUUGUUAAAAUGCUAGCUUGAACUCCUCAAUCUGUUUCCCCCGAGAACUUCCGAUCACGGAUUAGGAGUCAAAAUAAGUAAAUAAGCUAGUGAGCGUACUUAUCAAAAAAAGAAGAAGAAAAGCUAGUGACCGAGGGUUACUAAACGGGCCCUGAAAAAUGGUCAGACGGCAUAUGUGUGUCGCGAAACUAAGGAGUAAAGUACAUUACACGACAGCAGCUAUAGGAGUUAUUUCAUGGGGGUCAAUGAAGAACUCACAGUGUUGUGCUCUUACUUGUAUCUAUCUUUCCUUUCAAUAGUUAAAGGAAAAAAUUUGAGUUUGCCAUGUUACAAUAAGCAAGAACAUUGGUAGGUUCAUAGGAUCGUUUUUAUAGAAGGAAUGCUAGUAAAUUGACUUCUACAGCUGGCCUGAAUGAGUUUUUGUUGCACCAUAGUUACGUGGUCAAUAAUAUUAAACCAAUCAAUACUUAUUGAUCCACUGAACUUCCAAAUUCGUGUUCUGGGCCUCUGGCACUUAGCAAAUUACGUUUGCCAUUGUCAUUGAGACGGGGUUCAACUUCUUUAUAUGUCGGGGUCAAUUAUGCCUUGAAUCACAUGUAACCAUAUUAUUAUUGUUAUUUUUUGGCUCAGUACAUAGAACUAUGGUUUUUAUGUAUAGAAUUGCGUUUUUAUGUCAGUGGUUUCAAUUGAACCCCCACAAGCAUCAAUGUAGACAUUGUAGAGCUUUUCUUAUGAGUUAAAUGACUUGGACUCUCUCCAGGUGGGACAUGCACUGUGUCUAGAAGAUGGUAAUCAUGUUCGUUUUCAUAGGUUGACGGUGUAGAAAAGAAUAUAGGUUGGAAAAUAGUGACCAUUUGCUAAACUUAGUAGUUCUGGUAAAGUUAUUGUUCACUAGAUUGUUUGAUAUAGUAGUACCUGAAAGUUAUGCCCUAAACUCACCGUCCAUAGGCCUUCCUUUUAGAAGCUAUGUUUUGGAAGAACAGUGAGAAAAUUCCACUCGUUUGGUAAAAUUUUCUUUAGAAUGCUAAGCUGGCUGAAAAAAAGAGGUUAUGUUGGAGCUACUUCGAGAGGCUGAAGUUUUCCAGGUGGAAAGCCCCUUUACGGAGAUAUAUUUGGGUAGUCGAAUAAACCUCAAGGACAAAUUUCUUUUGGAAAACAUUCCUAGUAUUACCAAAAAAACCCUCCAAUUUCUGUUGUUGCACCUUUGGUUUCAACUAACUCAAUUGGAAUUGAAACUAUCUUCAACUGUCGUGAUGAGCUGGUUAUCUGUAUCUUUUGAAUCGUUCGUUGAAUCGCUUGACCUAAUGCCCUAAAUUAAGUUGCUUCAGCGUGCCUCAUCUCAGCUUGAUGCUGUAAUGUGUGAGACUUUCAUAUGACAUAUACUGAUAUGCCUCACAGUGUUCUUCACUCGUCAAAUCUAUUUUGGAAAACAUUCCUAGUACUUCCAUAAAACCUCCAAUUCUCUUGUUGCAUCUUCGGGUUCAACUCUCACUCAACUAGAAUUGAAGCUAUCUUUAACUGUUGUGAUGAGCUGGUUAUCUGCAUCUUUUGAAUCGUUCCUUUGACCUAAUGCCCUUAAAUAAAUUGCUUGAGUGUGCCUUAUCUGAGCUUGGUGCUGUAAUGUGUAAGACUUUAUAUGACAUCCUGAUAUGCCUCACACAGUGUCCGUCACACAUCAGCCCCAAAUUCCGGUUGGCCUGCCAUUUUUGUUCACUAAGAUUGCUGGGAGUUCCUGACAUGUUUGGAACAUGUGCGACAAGUGUAAGACAAUGAGCUUAAACAUGAUUUGGUGGAGGAAUAAGAGUGCCAAAAAGAAUAAGUCCUUGCAUUACAAAUUUACAUCCCUGCGAAAUUCACUGACACCUUCUGAAAAUUGUGGCUGGGAAUGUCUGCUGAACCAUGAAAAGGUAUCUAUGAUGGGCGGUGAUUGUGUCAAGUAUGUGCUUUCUUGCAGCACAUGUAUAGUUAAGGUGGAGCAUCCUCAUCACUGAGAUUUCUGGUAUCCAACCAGUUAGCUUUGGAGUUACCCCAAUCUGUUGGGUCUUGUUAUGCAGCUUGUAAUGGUAAUCCAUAAGAUUAAAAAUGUAUCUUAGGUCUAGGUUUUCCCUUUAUGCUCCGUCCAGAUCUUUGUCUGACAGCAGUGUCUGAUUGGUGCUUGCGAGCUCUAAAGAGAUAGAUAAUAGAUGAAUGUGCUUGGUUUAGGAUGUAAUUGGUUUCCUUAUGGUGUUUUCAUUUAUUUGGCUUUGGUAUUCAAUCUCCCCCUACUACAUUAUGCUUUGUUCGCUGGUGAAUGUGUACAAUAUCGCAUGGGGCAUGUUAUGUAUAUAGGUGGCAUGCGAAAUUGCUGGUUUAUAGGAAGAUCAACUUCUGAUACUUAUUGGUGCUUAUUGGACUUGAUCUCUAUUCAUCCGUACCCGAGUGCGUGUUCUAUAUGGGCACUUCACAAGUACAGGACUAUUUGACUCCAUAUAACGUAGCAAUGACUUAAAAACAAAUGCUAUCGAUUUCAAUUUUCCAAUUUAACAUUUUAAACUAUAAGAACUCCUGUGUGGAACAAAAUUCCACAUUAUAUGCUUCAUUGUCAUGGAAUGAUGUGAAAUCUGUGGCUUUUUGUAUUUUCAUGCUCAAUUGGAUCAUUCAAGUGCAAAGGAUAAGUUAUGAAAAGAAAACGUCAUUCUGCAAACGGAAGUUAUGCUGACAAGGAAGAUGGGGGUGGGGCUGCAUGUAAUCAAACAAGUAAGGAAGUCGUCUUAGGGGAUCUAAUAUGGGUUAGUCUUCAUGGAUCAUCAUGGUGGCCUGCACAGGUCUUUGAUGAUAAUGCUGUGAGUCGGAGAAACAAACCGAGAAAAAGAUCAACUGGAGAAGUUCUUGUUCGACUAUACGGAAGCUAUAAAUACAUGUAUGUGGAUCCUAUAAAAUGUCGCUCAGAGUUCGACAACAUUCUCAAGCAAAAAAAUGGCAACUAUAGUGAAAUAUUUGAGAAAGCUCUUGAGCAGGAUCUUGGUCGUCUUAGAUCUGGGAGAGGAAACACAAAGAAGGGAUCCACAUCGCAAGAACCGAUUGAAAGAAGAAUGAAAGUUAUGCAACGACUUGGUCUGACUGCUCUUUCUGGAUCUUUGUUCCGUCAGAAUGGGCACAUUGAUCCAGACUUGUUGCCCUGCAGUUAACAGCCGCCCCUUCUUCUUUUUGUGAUGUUUUAUGGAAGUUUUUGAGCUGCCUUGUUCAGGCUGGCCGUAGAGAUUGAUCGGAAGGCAAAAAGCCUCUUUUAGCAGUAUCAAGAAUGGACGGCACCCCAAGUUUUGGCCUGCAAUACGAAUAUGCAACUAUUAUCCCUCAUUUUGGAAGAGAAGAUAUGGCUCUGAGUGGGCGGGCGGGAGGGGGGUUUACUUCAGGCUGACCUUAUGUAAUAGUAAACCUAAAUGUUUUGUGAAAAUACAAAGGUAGAACUUAUUA